AUGCGCUUUCGGGUUCAGGCUUGCUUCGAUACGGCGGCACAUGAGCUCAUUCUCUCCGCCGAGGCAUCCGAGAACUCUGCCCUAUUAAUCGCAGAUGACUGCUCGGUAGAACUACGCGUUUCACCGGUAAGUAGCGGUACUGCCGGUGCCGCUGGCGUCUCACCAAUGACGCACGCACUCACAGUAUUGCCGUGGGAUGGCAGCCGACUGCGACUUGGCGUCAACGGCAUCAGCUACGGCACCGGGCCGCUGGUGUUGCGGGAUGGAGACGAACUUACGCUGCACCCCAACCACGUCACAGAGGCCACAGCAUCGUAUGCAUACAAUGUCAAAGCAGUUCCCACAUCGGCAGAUGUGGAUGGGAAUGAGAUGGGGGAUGGGCCGCCGCUUGAGGCCCGCGCCAGUGCAUCCGAAGAGAAUCAUCGGCUGCGAGUGAUCAUGUCGAACGUGGAGCAGUACGCAAAGUGGAACAAUUAUUACAGCGAACGGUUUACCAACCUUGCCACGGUCAGCUUGCCGCCGAGCAACGGCACUUGUAAGACCGGCCAGCUCCACAAAUGCGCAUGUGGGUCCUAUGUACAGACAGAGGCGGCCCCAUCCGGUGCCAUGCCACGUGCGACACACGCACCCAACGCCGCGCAGACGCAGGUCGUGUGGGAUACAGACGCUAGCGUGAGUAAGGCGCUUCCGUCAGCACAUGCCCGCACCCUCGUUACGCUGCUCCCCAGCCUCCCCCAGCUGUUAGAUUUGGACUCUCCUGCAACGCAACCACAGACAACGCCCCAUGCACCCUUGCCAGCAACGUGCUGCUGCUGUCCGCUCAUCUCUGCGUCCUCAAAUCCGGCGCUGCGGCUCUGCACAAAGAAGACGUCUUAUACAUCAGCGGCCGCGCCUUCCUCUUCCAUCGGUGAGAACAGGGACGCGCAGCAAGUCUGCGAGGCCGGCCCGCCUUUGUGUGCCGAUAAGAGACAGACUUCUUGGAGUGUCUAUGCCCAAGCUCGUCGCGACGACUGUGUAGCGGCUUCGCACGUCGGCAGUGCCAAGAAAGCGGUCGAUGUGGCCAACAGCGGCGCCUUCUUGAGUGGCGCCUCACUUGACAGGCCAGCUGUAGAGCUCUUCAACCGAAUUAGCUCCUUAGAGAGUGCAUUGAUGGGCUUACGCUAUGAAUGA